CAGGCAGCUUUGUCAACUUUUUUCUGCCUUAAUCAGCUUCGCGUGCGACUACGGUGCAAGAUGGCGCAGAAACAGCAUGCUGCCCGGCCGCGCCCGGUCGAUGUCGAUGCGAGUGGCGAGGAUAUGUCGGAAAAGGAAUUUCACAGCGAGGAGGAUGCCAGCAUGGACGACGUCUCGGGCAGUGAGGACGAGCACAGCGAUACCGAUAUUUCAGACGAGGAAUCAGCCGAUCCCGGACAGAGCUACGAGCAGCAAAUUGGCAACCUCUCAUUCGGCGCGUUGAAGCAGGCUCAAGAUGCUGUGUCCAGGAAGCGGAAGAGAGGAUCAGAUACCACGCCAGAUCAGGAAGACAAAUUAGCAGCACUGAGAGAUCGAUUACGGCAAAUUAAGGAGCAGAAGGCCAGCAAGACGUCGGAGACCAGCAAAAGCGCGAAGAAACCAAAGCCAGCGAAUCGUGCGCCCAGCGAUGAUGAUGAUAGCGAAGACGAUUCAGAUUCCGACUCAGACUCUGGCCCAUCUGAAGAGGAUGCGCCGAACAAGUCGCGUACAUCGAAGCAUGCCCCAGCCGCUCAAUCGACCAAGUACCAGGUCUCGCGGAGACGGCAAGUGGUAGACGUGCCCAAACGAAAUGUUCGAGACCCUCGAUUCGACGCCUUCCAUCAAGGUGCACCAACCGGGAACAUCGACAAAGCCUACAGCUUUCUGGUAGACUAUCAAAAGGACGAGAUCAAACAGUUGAAAGCUGAGAUCAAGCGCACAAAGAACGAAGAGGAGAAAGACGUCCUCCGGCGAAAAGUCAACAGCAUGGAAAAUCGACUGAAAGCCAAAGCUGCCAAGGAGCGAGAGCAGGAGGUCUUGCGGAAACAUCGUAAAGAGGAGAAGGCGAAGGUGGAACAAGGCAAGACGCCAUACUACCUUAAGAAGAAGGAGCUCAAAGAGAAGGCACUCGUGGAGAAAUUCAAGGGCAUGAAGAGUAAGGAACGACAAAAGUUGAUCGAAAAGAGGCAGAAGAAGGAGAGCCAGAAAGAGAAGAAGAAGAUGCCUGAGGCGAGGAGAAUGGCAGUGGGUUGAGAGGGCGUGGUCGGUCACAGAAGACGUGUUUCAUCAUCACCCCGUAUCUUGACACGCUCGUCGAUGCAGGCUGGCCGCGCGUCAACCAGCUGGUUGCAGAAAACCACCAAGCCACCAGCUUGACGUUUCCGCCUAUUCGUGCCCUGGUCUGGUGCUCGCUCUCGGCAUGUCGUCGUCAUCUUCUGACGCUAAGUGACAGCCUGGUGAGCCUCAUCGACUGGGAACCACAGGUCCAUGCUUGAAGCUCGUGUCGCUUUGACAAAGACCAAGACGGAGAGAAGAGAAAACCACGACAGCCAAGCGGCCCGCACUCUCGCUCGCUCGCUACCAAACGACAACUUGGCAGAUCGACUUCUCUUCUCCUUUUGGGCCCACGGAACGGACGCUGUCUUCAGGAUCGGCCGAGGGGCCCUCUAGCUCCGGACCGAAGCGAAACCACGAUCCAAAAAAUCAUCCACGUGAACAUCAGCAGAAGAUGAC